GUGGUGGAGGUAUCUGCACGGACUCUGGGCGUUGGCACGAACGGAGACGAACAGAUUUUGGAGGAGCUCCGGACGGAGCAGGAGCGAAGUGAAGUCUCGGAGUCAGCUCCGAUUGGGAGAUUUGAUGGCGGGAAUGGCCGUGCCGUGGCUGCUGGGCGCGGUGCUCGCCCUGCUGGGUUCGCUCCCCGGUGCCGCGGGCUGCCCGCGCGCCUGCACGUGCUACGUGGACACGGACGUCCACUGCACCUUCAGAUACCUGCACGCGGUGCCGCCCGGCCUGCCCGGGCACGUGCAGAGAGUCAACCUGGGGUACAACGGCAUCCUGCAGCUCACCGAGCAGUCCCUGCCGGGCCUUCCUCACCUGGAGAUGCUGCUUCUGCACAGCAACAGCAUCCAGCGGCUCAGCGGGAGGGUCUUCCAGGACCUCAAGUCUCUCACGCUGCUGAAGCUGAGCCACAACAAGGUGCGCUUGCUGGGCCGCGAGGCCUUGAGGGGCCUCGCGUCCCUCCAGCGCCUGCACCUUGACCACAACCAGCUCGAGUUCCUGCAUCCGGAGGCGCUGGUGGGCCUCGUGUCACUGCGCUCGCUCUUCCUCGAGGGCAACCGCCUGCGCCAACUGCACCGCGACUCGCUCGUCACCUUCUGGCUGCCGCCGGGGCGCCUACUGCCGGCCUCCUCCUUGCGCCAGCUGCACCUGUCGGGCAACGGGCUGCGCUCGCUGCCCCGGGGCCUGUUCUCGUCGGCGGGCGAGCUCGAGCAGGUGUUCCUGCACGACAACCCUUGGGCCUGCGACUGCGGCCUGCGAUGGCUCCUCGACUGGGACCGCGGUGGAAAAGAGCUUCUCAAGUGCAAGAGGGAGCGAGCACAGGGCGGGAGACUUUGCCCGGUGUGUGCCAGCCCCACCGCUAACAGGGGCCAGGAGCUUUUCACCGUGCCGCAGGAGGCUGUGUCCUGUCGGCGUCCCUCCAUCGCCUCGCCCCUCAAGCUGCGCAACGUCUCGCUGUGGGGCGACGUGGGGCCCGACGGGCCCCAGGGCCGACCGCUCGGCAAGGUCGGCCUCGACCUUUCUGACAAUGGCGGCAACAAAGGCGGCCUCGGUUGCGACGCGUUGAGGCCGGGCGGCGACGGCGACGGUGGCCGAGGCGCCAAGCUGAACGUCUCCGAAGGGCGCCUGUCGGUCCGGGCUACGAUCGCGGUGCGCCUGGCGUGCGCCGUGGAGGCCGGCGACAUGGAGAGCUUGUGGAGGAUCCUCGCCUACUACAGCGACAGCCCGCUGGUGCUGCGCAGGGAGAGGACAUUCCCCGGCGAGCGUGAGGGGUCUGGGCCGAGCUACGCGCAGGCGUCGGACAACGGCUUGGGCUUCUUCAGCGGCGUGCGGGCGGCGGUGAGCGGCGACCUGCCCUGGCUGCUCGACUCGGAGAUUUCCCUGAAGUUGAACCGGCGGCUGACCUCCGCCACGAAGCUCUAUCUGGACGCGUCGGUGGAAAUCGAUGUGACCUACGACCUCUCCGACCUGCCGGACAAAAAGAGCCCCUGGGUGAUGAUCGGAAAGGAGGACGCCGCCGAGUCAGGCCUUGUCGUGGCAUCGGGGGCCACGCUGGAGAUCGAGUGCCAACCCUGGGGCUUCCCCAACCCGGGCGUGCUCUGGACAUUCCCCGAUGGCACCCGGCGACCGGCGCCGUACGACGGGCCCGACGGGCGGGUCGCGGUGUCCGCGGACGGCACCCUGACCGUCCGUCUGGCAGCUGCCUCUGACCGGGGCGUCUACCGGUGCGUGGCGAGGGCCGACGAAACGAGUGACGCCGCCGCGUUUAGGGUGGAAGUCGUGGAUGGCAACGUGAACGAGCGCAACGCCAACGGCGCCGCCCUCACAGCGGCGAGGAGACAAACGCUGGUGCUCCCGUGCGCCGCCACGGGGAGUCCGGAUCCGGAGGUCGCGUGGGUGCUGCCCAAUAAACGCGUCGUGCGACCGUCUUCGUCGCCGUCGGACGGGACGUAUGUGACCGACAACGGCACGCUGGUGGUGCCGGAGGUCACCGAAGGCGGGUUUUACCAGUGCGUCGCGAUCAACAAGUUGGGCAUGGAGCGACUGGUCCACAAAGUGGAGGUCACCGCGGCAAGCGGCGAGGGCGGGCGCGUGACGAACGAGAUCGUGGAGAGUGUGGAGACGGCGACCCCGGUCGCGUCGCCCACGAGAGCGCGGGAUGAACUCGCCGCCGGGCGUUACAUUCCGCGGGAGGUCACGGAGGGGCAUGUAGUGACAGCGAGGGCCCAGCUCACCACGCUGGGGCCAAGCGUUGCGACGCAGGGACGACGCGAAGAACCAACGAGCACCACGAUGGAGACCGAAGACCUCGACAACAACCUCGAUGAUGAUGAUGAUGGUGACAAUGAAGGCGAGAGAUCGGUGAAGACUGAGACGAAAACUCUCGGCUCCCGCAAUCGACCUCACUCAACACUGUCGAGAUUUGGCCCUGGCUGGUGGGCGAAGGUGCUGGAGAAUGUCCGCAACAAAAUAAGUCCCCGAGUGAGACCCACACUGUCGGUGCUGCCCCACACAAAGCCACCACACACAACCUCUCCCGCCAGGAUAGAGGAAAAGGAGGAGGAAGAGGAGGAAGAGGAGGAGAAGACAGAGGAGGAGGAUAACAAAGAUGUUACAGAGGAGGGAGGUGGGAGGUCGCGGGCCGAUGAUGAAUCGACACGUGGGAGCGAUGGUAGGGCCGAGGCUGAGAACGAGGAGUCGUCGGCGGACGAUGUGGACGUGGCCGUCGCUAAAUUUAACCCCAACCCCACGCCACAGCCUCCAUAUCCUCCUACCACUAGACCGGGAAUAGUUUCUGUACCCCGCGCUGUCCCUUCACCACCCAUCAACCGGAUCUUAACACCCGAGCCGUUGGGAGAAGACAGCGCGAUGGAGCCCAACUACCAUCUCAAUUCAUUCUCGGAGGGUACGGACGGCCAGCGGGCCAAAUGGCACGACAUCCGUCCGACAGAAAAAAGUGAAACGGCCACCGCUGCACAUAUUGAGGAAGAAGAGGAGGAAAAAGAGGAGGCAAAAGAGGAGGAGGAAGAAGCAACAAAUUCCUUCCACCAUGAAGAGAUGCACACGGACAGACAUCACAUGCAAGAUCCAACGGCUCGCACAGCCUCACGGGAAAAUGCAGCCAGGCCCUACGAGCCUGGCGUGGAUGAACUUGAUGGUGGCGGUGUAGUGAGGGACACGUUCGAUUCCCCUCGCACGGACGAGCCAGAGGCUCCGACCAAAUCACAGGCGGCUCUCCCCGGGGACAAACGCGAGCUCGCCGAGGCCACGUCUGUCGACGGUCGAACGUCGUCGCUCGGGCGGCAUCGCCCCGGCGGCAGCGAGCAGCCAAGCUCCCGGGGCGACUCGGUCGAGACGAGCAAGGGCGGCGGCGGCGCAGGGAGCGAAGGAGGCGGAAUGAGAACUGGAGCGUGGGGGAGCGCUUACGACAGGACGCUCGGACGUAGCGAGGAGGUGGAGCGAAGGUACGGCCCGCGCAUGACGCACCGCUCGGGGGAGACGCAGGGCGGAGCGGCCGGGCGCCACGUGGAGGCCGCGCAGCCCACGCAGCCCACUGGAAAAAUGGACAGUGGUGCCGCGUUGGGCCGAGCGGACGACGUAGACAGAUCGGGCGGGCACGAGGUAGAGACUCAGGCCGUCGUUACACCAAGACCAUCGCACGCGUUCCCCGCACAGGGAGGGAGGGACGAGCAGUCGCAGCUGGUGGGUGGAGCGAGCACAGGGCACGUGGCACGGAUGCAGGGUACGGCAUCUGCGGUUCUUAGCCUUGGUGGUGCCGCCCCGGUGGGUGCGCCGCCGCUGCCUGCCCAACGUUUCCCAGAUCCCGGCGGGGCGGCGAGGUUGCGCCCCCAUCACGGCACUCACUCUGCGAGCGCCCCGGUGACGCGGGGAGAAACAGGCAAUCAGCUCCGUUUGGGAAUCGCACAGGAAGAGAGGCCGCUUCACCCUGGCGGUGUGCAGGGAGUGAAUCACUCGCCUCGCAGGACGCACAACCCCAUAACUCGUAAGCCGCCGUCUCGGCAGUUCCACCCACAGCAAUCUUGGCAAGAGCACCACCAUCGCCACAGCAACCGCUAUGCGCCCGGUUACUCUCCCGUGCGAUAUCACCCACUUUUGCCAAAACUCUGGAAUUUUUACCCGAGACGGUUGAACGGAGCGGUGACAAACAGACCUGAAAUCACGGCGCUGGUUGCGAAACCCACGCCGCCGCCUUUACGCAAGGUGGUUUCGACCGAGCUGGAGGAUGACAGGACCAGGACAUUUUGGAAUCCACUUCCGCCAAGGCCGCACAGCGCCCCGAGGGUCGCCGUUAACUCCCUCGGCACCACUCUGACAGCGACCGAACGCUUUGAAAAUCCCCAGGGCGGCGCUGGAGCUCAGAGGUCAACAAACUGGCACCCAAGCAGACGUGGCUCUGGAAAUGACCUCAUCGGUGCCCUGACCUCGGAAGCAAAAGCCGUAGAACGCCCCAGACAAGCCUCGCCGCGCUCGCAAUUACCAAAUCCGGGCCCGAGAGGAGGCACGAGGCUCACACAGCAGCAGUCGCCGACGCCGCCACCGCCGGCGCGACUCACGCCGCUCCGCCCCGGCUUUGCCCGGCGCUUUGGGGCGACGGGUUCGGGCGGCGGCGGUUCCGACGCGGGGCACGCGCGGAGAACCAACGGUUCGGACGCGGGAGCCUCCACCGAUGUUGUGUUGGACAGGCAAGGGGCGGCCGAGGAGGCGCCGAGUGUCACCGCGGCGGCGGGAGCAGACGCGUUCCUCCCGUGCGGCAGCGUGGGGGGCGGUGGCUUCGUGGACGUGCGCUGGAUCAGGGCGAGCACAGGAUCCAUCGUCGCAUUCUCCUCUGCUCCCUCCGGCCGCCGUGUGGCCGUCCUGCGCGACGGCACGCUCGCCGUCCGCUCCGCCUCUCCCGGAGACGCCGACCGCUACACCUGCGAGACGCCGACGGGCGGCGGCGGCACCGGCGGGGCAACCGUCGCGCUGCGCGUGGAAUCGCGCCCGCCCCGGGUGCUGUCCCCCCGCUGGCGCGAGCUCCGCGUGUCCCUGGGCGGCACCGCCGAGGCCGAGUGCGCCGCACAGGGGAGCCCGCCGCCCGCCAUCUCGUGGACGCUGCCCGAUCAUUCGUCCGUGGCCGCGGCGGCGGCGCAUCACGGCGGCGGGCGCGUGUCCGUGUCGGAGCGGGCGACGCUGACGGUGCUUGACGUGCGCCCGUCUGAUCGCGGCGACUACUCCUGCGUCGCCAGGAGCGCGGCCGGCACCGACGCCAUCACCGUCCGCCUGCACGUGCUCCCCGUCGGGCCGACGGUGGUGCGUGGCGCCGCCGCCGUGUCCGUGGCGGCCGGGCGGCCGCUCUCGCUGCCGUGCGCCGCCUCCGGGUGGCCAGAGCCGGCCGUGAGUUGGGCACUGCCGGGGGAUGGCGGGCGGCUGCUUCCCGAUCGGCGGAGCGGCGCGGGGUCGGGGGUGCGGGUUUUCGCCAACGGCACGCUGCUGGUGCCGGCGGUAACGCGGCACGACGCCGGCACGUACAGGUGCGCGGCCGCCAACGUGGUCGGCGUCGACAGUGCCGACGUCCUCGUCACGGUGCUGGGGCCGCCCCGCGUGGCGGCGCCGCCGCCGGCGGACGUCGCCGUGCCUUACGGGGGCGCCCUCCGCCUGCGCUGCGUGGCCGAGGGAGAGCCGCAGCCGGUCGUGGUGUGGCGGCUGCCAUCGGGCGGGACGGCCAGCAUGUGGUUCGCUGCGGAUCGCCGCGUGCGUGUGCUGCCCGACGGCAGCCUGGCGCUGGACGGGGCGGUGGCGUCUGACGCGGGGCGCUACGUGUGCACGGUGCGCAACCGGUACGGCGAGGACAGCGCCGCGGCCGCCGUCUCCGUCACCAUGCGCCCGGCUCGCAUCGAGCGCCACUCCGGGGACACCCGAGCCUCCGGCGGCGGCAUCAAACAGAGCGUGCGUCACGGCGCCGACCUCCGCUUCGACUGCGUGACCUCCGGCUGGCCGCGACCCCACGUCUCAUGGAGCCUACCCGACGGCGCGGUGGUGCCGGCCGAUUCCAGAGCCCGAGCCGGCGGCGAUGGCGGCACCGCAGCGACGUUGGCAGCGGGCGGCGCUCGGCGGUACGCGGCGUUCGGCAAUGGCACGCUGGCGCUGAGGGGCGUCGGCCCGGCGGACGGUGGGGACUACACGUGCUACGCGGAGAACGCCGUGGGCUGGGACGCCAUGGUGGUGCGCGUCGCCGUCGAGGGACAGGCCCCACAGAUCCAGGACAAGCCAGAGCGAGCGGUGGUGCGCAUCACGUCGGGAGGCUCCGUCGCCCUCGAGUGUCGCGCGUCGGGCGACCCGGCCCCGCUCGUCACGUGGCGACUUCCCGACGGCUCCCAGCUCCCGCCGCCAUCGUCGCCGCCUUCCUCGCCGCGGAGGCCUCGCUCGUCGCGCACGCCGGGCCAGGAGGCCCCGCGCCGGGCGGCGCUGUCGGUGCGCGGGGAAGACUCGGCGUUGGAGGUGCGCGGGGCGCGGAUCGCCGACGCCGGGCGCUACGUGUGCGUGGCGCGGAACGCGGCCGGCGAGGACUCGCGUGCCGUGCGGCUCGACGUGCUGCCGGCGCCACCCUCCAUCAAUGGACGCGCCGGCAGCAGCCCCGAGAUCAAGGACUCGGUGGCGCAGGGCGCGCGCAAGCUGCUGCCCUGCGCCGCGGACGGAGACCCCCGACCCCACGUCGUGUGGAUCACGCCCUCCGGCGCCUUCCUGCCGGUGCCACACUCCUCCGGUCGCCUGCUGACCCACGCUGACGGCUCUCUGGAGAUCCGCUCGGCGGCACGCUCCGACGCCGGGCGCUACGUGUGUGUGGCGCGCGGCGCCGACGGUGGCGGGGACGCCCGCCUCUCGGUCGACCUGACCGUGACGGGCGCCCCCGCCCCGCCCUCCUUCCUCGCGCCCACCGCGGAGCGCGCCGAGGUCGCCCUGGGGGGCUCCGUGGCGCUGGCCUGCCCGGCGCGCGGGGAGCCGCCCCCGCGAACGACGUGGACACUGCCCGGCGGCGCCCAGCUGGCCCGCGGCGGCACCCGCGGCACGCGCUUUUCGGCGGGCCUCGACGGCGCCCUGCUGGUGCGCGGCGCGACGCCGGCCGACGCCGGCGUCUACCGCUGCUCGUCGCGCGGCCCAAAUGGCGCGGCCGACAGGGCGGUGCUGCUGGAGGUCGGGCCGCGGCCGCGGAUCGCGUGGAUGUCGGGCGGCACCGUCGCGGCGCUCGCCGGCGACGCGCUAUGGCUGCACUGCGUCGUGGCCGCCGGGCGCGCGUCGUGGCGGCUGCCGAGCAGCAUCACCGUCGAGGUCCCCGGCGCGAGCGGCCGCCGCACGCUGUUCGCGAACGGCACGCUGGCGGUGCGCGACAGCUUGACGCGCGACGGCGGGGCGUACGUGUGCACCGCUCGUGGGGCCGCCGGCGCCGCCGCCGACGGGGAGAGCCGGACGGUGCGGGUGGUGGUGGUGGCACAGGCCCCACGCAUCGUGGACGGGCCGCCCCCCGCCAUGGCGGUGCUCCGCGGCGCUCCGCUGCGCCUGCCGUGCACGGCAAGCGGCGCCCCCGGGCCUGAGGUAGGGUGGGAGCUGCCGGACGGGGCGCGGCUGUCGACGGGGACCCCAGCGAUGCGCUCGGCGCGGAGCGGCCGCUACGUGCUCGCGGGCGGCACGCUGGUCGUGGCGGCGGCCGCGGCGCGCGACGCCGGCUUCUACCGAUGCUCGGCAAGGAAUGCCGUCGGGGAGGAGUGGCGGCGCACGAGCGUGCGCGUGGUGUGACGCGGAGUGCGGGGGGCCUGCCCUUCGGGGCGGCCGCCGGCGACCAUGGAGAGACUCCAUUUGGGGGUUCCGGGUUCACCUCUCGAUUACAAAAUUGGCGGGGUUUUAUUCAAUAGGGAUUUUGGAGGAAAAGCAGCAAGACAAAUGAAUUAAUUCUUUAAAUAAAUGUAUCUCACGCACAGGAAGAAAAUGUAUGCCGUCUUUUAAACUUUACGGAUUCAUUUAAUUUACAAUGCAGAGAAUACAGUUUAGAUUGACUCCCCCUCUCUCUUGCCUAUGGCUGGAAGAAUCAACCAGGAAAGGGAUUUAAAUAGGCCAACGUGACGCGUUAUGUCCAACCAUGGAUGGUUACUUAUUGUGAUGCUUUGGUAUAAACGCACGCAUAAAUUACAAGACGCGAUACCAGGAGUGUCCGUCACAGAGAAACGAGCCGCUUGGGAGUAUCGAGAUGUCACUGGACUCAUGCAAUGACCUGGGGACCACAGUGAGGCACGCACUACUGGCUCUUAUUGACAAUUAUAUUUUUAGUACAUUAUUGGUUCUCCGGUUGAAAUUCUUACCUUUCCGAUACAUGCGUCAAUAUUGUUUGUAAUUUGAGAAAAAAAACAAAUGUGCAUGCAGAUGUAACUUUAUUUUUAAUCUUUAUGGAACGAAACAUGCAAGACGGAACAAGCCAAACUCAGCAAUCAUUGGAAAGAUGUCAUCAACCACUUUGGGUCAUGACUUGAUUUGUGUUUUUUUGUCAACCCCCACCGUCAGCAGUGUGGGUGUGUGGAGAGAGGUGAAAUGAUUGUCUGGUGGCCCUUUGAUUGGUGGAGACCCACUGCAGGUUAGUUGCUUUCUCCAACAUUAACAUAAGCUGCCCCGCCCAUGCUGCUGACACACUUGGGCUACAUUGACAUAAGCUGCCCCGCCCAUGCUGCUGACACACUUGGGCUACAUUGACAUAAGCUGCCCCGCCCAUGCUGCUGACACACUUGGGCUACAUUGACAUAAGCUGCCCCGCCCAUGCUGCUGACACACUUGGGCUACAUUGACAUAAGCUGCCCCGCCCAUGCUGCUGACACACUUGGGCUACAUUGACAUAAGCUGCCCCACCCACACUAUUGACACACUUGGGCUACAUUGACAUAAGCUGCCCCACCCACACUAUUGACACACUUGGGCUACAUUGACAUAAGCUGCCCCACCCACACUAUUGACACACUUGGGCUACAUUGACAUAAGCUGCCCGCCCAUGCUGCUGACACACUUGGGCUACAUUGACAUAAGCUGCCCCGCCCAUGCUGCUGACACACUUGGGCUACAUUGACAUAAGCUGCCCCGCCCAUGCUGCUGACACACUUGGGCUACAUUGACAUAAGCUGCCCCGCCCAUGCUGCUGACACACUUGGGCUACAUUGACAUAAGCUGCCCCGCCCAUGCUGCUGACACACUUGGGCUACAUUGACAUAAGCUGCCCCACCCACACUAUUGACACACUUGGGCUACAUUGACAUAAGCUGCCCCACCCACACUAUUGACACACUUGGGCUACAUUGACAUAAGCUGCCCCACCCACACUAUUGACACACUUGGGCUACAUUGACAUAAGCUGCCCGCCCAUGCUGCUGACACACUUGGGCUACAUUGACAUAAGCUGCCCCGCCCACACUAUUGACACACGUGGGCUACAUUGACAUAAGCUGCCCGCCCAUGCUGCUGACACACUUGGGCUACAUUGACAUAAG